AUGAGAGGUGCCAUGCAAGUCUCAAUCAUGUUUCUUCUGGUGACCGUGUCAGACUGUGCCGUGAUCACAGGGGCCUGUGAGCGGGAUGUCCAGUGUGGGGCGGGCACGUGCUGUGCCAUCAGCCUGUGGCUACGUGGGCUUCGGAUGUGCACCCCGCUGGGGCAGGAAGGAGAGGAGUGUCACCCCGGCAGCCAUAAGGUCCCCUUCUUCAGAAAACACCAGCAACACACCUGCCCCUGCCUGCCCAACCUGCUGUGCUCCAGGUGCCUGGAUGGCAGGUACCGCUGCUCCACGGACCUGAAGAACAUCAGUUUCUAG